ACCCCAAGUGAAGCCGACGCAUUACUUGCUAUCAUCUCCUCCCCUUAAUCUCUCUCUCUCUCUCUCUCCCCCCCGAGCUUCAGCAACGAUGGGGGCAAACAGCACAUGGUUUCUCUUUCUUGUAGCUUCUGUACUCAUCGUUUCAGCAUCGGCUGGCACCCAAAUCAAAGUUACUAAUAACCCAGCGGAUAAGCUAGUCGAUAUAAUCAACAGCAACAGAACUGCACACAAAGCAUCAUCCCUCUACGACAACCAGGGUUUGGCGUGCAUUGCCCUGCAGUACAUAAAAGCGUACCAAGGUGACUGCGAUGCUGUAGGAGGGUCCGAUGCCAAGAAGCCUCCUGAUUCUGCAUUUGCUGAAACAUUUGCUCCCAACUGUGGUGUUCAAACUUCAACCCUCGCUCCAAUCACUGGUCGUUUAAUUGGCUGCCAGUCCAAAUAUGUCCACGCUGAUGAAGCAUUUUCGAAAAUCUUGAUUGAAAACAGCAAGGCCUUGGACAUUCUCUACAAUAAGAACCACACUGAAGUGGGAGCUGCUGUGAGUGGCAGUGAUAGUGGAGGUUCGUAUUUCUGGUGUGUGUUGUUCAGCAGCGGAAAAACUAACAGCAGCUUUGUAACGGAGGGAGGUGAGGCUAAAAUAACAAGGCCCGGAUGCUUUAGUGGUGCUAAUGAUGAUUGCAGUGAAUCUAAUCACCCAGCCAGUGGUGCCGAUGAUUGGUCUAGAAGCAGUCGUCUGUGGCCAUUUUUCACCAUGGCUCUGAUUGCAAUGUCGUAUGCCUUUGGAUUGUGAUCAUGAUCGUGUUUUUUAUGAAAAAGCUGGAUUUAUUUUUUUCUACUUAAUUUUGGGGACCCUUCUGAUCUGUUGUAAUUUGAGUUUUGUCUGUCGCAUUCGUUGUCUGUAGAGUCUAACAGCACGAUCAACGCCAUAUAUUUUCUUCAGUUGUAAACUAGUACAUUAUUGGCUAAUGGCUGGCGAGAAGCAUUUGUUCUAUAUUACAUAUGAACGUUGAACGAUC